AUGGCAUAUUGCCUGGUCUUUGUGUCUGUGUUGUGGCUAGGCCUUUGCACCAGACGACCUCAUGUCGCCAGGCUGUGCGAGGUGCAGCCUAACCGCAGCGCGAGCAUCGAGGACGUGGUGGAGUCGUUCCGGCGCAACAGGGUGGGGCUCAAGGGCAUCAUCACCACACCCACAACCUUCAAGGGCGGAGUGCUGCAGACGCUCAACAUGAAGAUCAGGCGAGAGCUGGAUCUGUUUGCCAACGUGGUGUGGGUGCGGAGUCUGCCGGGCUUCAAGACGAGGCACAACAACCUUGACUUUGCCAUCAUCCGCGAGCAGACGGAGGGGGAGUACAGCGCCCUGGAGCACGAGAGCGUCCCCGGGGUGGUGGAGAGCCUGAAGAUCGUUACGCGCGACAACUCGAUGCGCAUCGCCAAGUUUGCCUUCGACUUCGCCAUGAGGCACAACAGGAAGAAGGUGACGGCCGUGCACAAGGCCAACAUCAUGAAACUGGGCGACGGCCUCUUCAUGCAGUGCUGUGACGAGGUGUCCAAGAUGUAUCCCAAGAUUCAAUUUGAGACCAUGAUUAUUGACAACUGCUGUAUGCAGGUAUGGGCUGGGUGUGUUGUUGUUGUUGUUGUUGCUGGUGCCCGGCACGCGUUCGCCGAGGCGGUGGGCAAGAACAUCGCCAACCCGACGGCCACGCUGCUCAGUGCCUGCAACAUGCUCAACCACCUGCAUCUCGAGCACCACGCCCGCAUGAUUGAGGAGGCCCUGCUCAAGGUCAUCAAGGCUGGCAAGGUUCGAACUCAAGACAUGGGAGGCUACGACGGAACCUCUGAGUUCAUCAAUGCUGUGAUACAGAAUCUGGAGUAAUGAUAUAUCUGCUUACUGAGAGGAUGAUGAGAGUGUGUGAGAGAGAGAGAGAGAGAGAGAGAGAGAGAGAGAGAGAGAGAGAGAGAGAGAGAGAGAGAGAGAAUGGGUUAAGAAUGGCUUGGCUAGUCAGUCUGUGAUACUUAAUAAAGCCAGGAAGAGGAGAGCAGUCUUUGUAGAUCACUGGCAGGGUUCCUGCGGCCUCCUUGAAUUCAGCGAGUCUUUUUGAAUACUCCUUGAAUUGUCAUUCAAGGAAAAAGUCUCCUUGAAAACUCCUUGAAUUUGAGGAGCCUCCUUGAAUUUCGCUGGAUCGGACAUUAACAAAAAUUUUGCCGGAAAAUCAAUACUACGAUUCCUUUCGGACAAGUGUAGGCCUUCGGCAUGAAUUUUUGACCAAAUCUCCUUGAAUUUUUAACAUUUCUCCUGGAAACUUCCUUAAAUUUGGUGGGGAGUUUGUGGCAGGAACCCUGGACUGGAUUUGGUUCUGAUGGGCGGGUAUGGCAGUGCUGAUUAUUGAAUCUCAACGUUUGUGUGUCGGGGCGGGGGAAGGGGGGGGGGAGUAGGGGGGGAAAUGGUUUUUGAGUAAAACAGAGCGACUGUGUAUGCGGUUGUAUGUGUGUGUGUUCAUAAGUAUGUGUCGAGUGAGUAAUUGAGUGGUUGGAGGGCGCCUCUGCUUAGGUCCUACUUCUUUUUUCCUCCCUCUGUUGUUUCUGUCUAUCUGUCAUGAUUUUCUUUCCCCCUGCACAAAAUGACAGACAUUCAAUGUGCUUCUCCUCACUCAAUCUAAUAAACGCGUAUGGAAGUGGAGAUCAUGACAUUGUACUGUAUGUGUUCUGAUACGGUUGGCCGUAGUAUAUGGUCGGGAAAUGUAAACCGUCCGAGUGUUGGUAACAAAUAGUCUGUGGUGUGUGGGGAAGUCGUUUGAUUUCACCAUAAUAAUAAUAUGUUGGAAAAGGCUUGAGAUCAGGCAAAUCAAGCAAGUCAAGGCCAUAAACCUGUAUAUAUAGAUGAUACAUUUUCAGAAAGUCAAAUGAAAAAAAAAAAAGGAAGAAGAGCUCGAUUGUGAAGGAGUUGAAAUGUUUGGGCUAAAAAGAAUUUGUAAAUGGCAUAAACGAACCGAAAUAGAAUCUCGAAUUACAGCUGAUUAAAUCUUCUGUAACACCACGGGACAAAAAUCAUGGCCGAUCUGAUGGGACUUCGACACUUGGAGGUUUUAGAGGAAAGGCAUUCAUGAAGAAUGUGUGCAAUGUGCAUUACUAUUAUUUAUUCAUGAUGAUAGCUUCUUUUUUGUUUUUUUAAAUUCUAAAACUUUUAACCCAUUGUAUUACUAUUAUUAAUUCAUGAUGAUAGCUUUUGUGGGGGUUUUUUUUCUAAAACUUUUAACCCUUUUGAGAUUUUUAGAACCCUGAACUUGAAGAGACGAUGGUCUCAUUGUUGUUUUUGUUCAGUCUUCAGGCUACUGUAAUUGUUUUGUUAAAAAAAGAUUUAAAAUGAUUCAGUAGCCGAGUCAUUUUAGAAUUUUGCAUACACCGUACUCUCAUGGGUAGUACCUUUUUUACCACAGAGUAUUCUAUACAAAGUAAAAGAAUUAGUUGCGUGUCUGUAGUGUUUGUGGUACUAAUGGAUAGUUUUUGUGUCUUUUAUACGCUCACUAACUUAUCA